GGGGGCGCAUGGUCAUGUUCAUGGCGAGCCCGAGAUCCAUCCGAGAUGCAUCCAAGCAGCAGCGGGACACACCACUUCCUUCAAGUGCCCUGUUCGAAAUAGGUUCUGCAACUUGGAGCAGGAUCCACCGCUUCAUUUUCGAGCGGUCGAAUCAGCCGCAUUCCUACUUCAUGCCAAUCAGCCGCGAUCAAUCGAUCUGGCGGUGUCGCUGCGGGGCAUCCCUUGCCUUAAGAAUCUACCUUCCUCGCCCCUUCGAUCUGCUCGGCCUCUGUCUCUUUGGUUUCUGCCUGGAGCCUCGACUUCGUUCCCUACGCGAUUGCAUCAUCAACGACAGUGUCCAGCCAAGAUGGCAAUGGAAUAUAAACAUACCAUUGUGGAUGCCCACCCUAAGCCGAUUCUCUGCGUCCAGUUCAAUCCCUUCCGGCGCGAAAUCUAUACGGGCGGGGAGGAUGCCAUGAUUCGUGUCUGGGAAUGCGAGUCCGGCAAGCUUCUCAACUGCUUCUCGGAGCACACUGGCUGGAUCUCCUCGCUGCUCUACUGCAAGGAGCUCAAAACGCUUUUCUCGUGCUCGAUCGACGGCUUGAUCAUUGCCUGGGGAUGGAGCCCCAGCGGCAGCGGCAAGGUGUUGCAAAAAAUAGCGACGGGCUCGCCAGUGUUCUCGUUGGCAUACAACGCCCGUCGACAGCAGCUUCUUGUCGGCUGCACCAAGCGAGUGCGCAUUUUCCGCGUGAUCCAAAACGACGAUAUGCACUCGACCUCGGACGUUCUUGAUCCCAAAUCCGUAUCGUGCACGGAGCACACGGACAUUGUCAGCUGCAUUGUGUCGUGCGAAGGUCGCUUCUAUUCGGCCGGGUACGAUCGCAAAAUCGUCAUUUAUGACAUACCCCACCACGGCGAUCUCAAAAUCAACGUCUCACAUUCCAUCUGCAAUGCCCACGAUGCCGCCAUCUCAUGCAUGGUGUAUGGGAAAGACGCCGAUAACAGCUGGCUCAUCACUGGCGCCUUUGACAAGAUUGUCAAACUCUGGUCGCUCGACGGAAAUCUGCUGCAAAAGUUUGACGGCUUCAGCGACACCAUCAACUCAGUCUGCUAUGUGAUUCCGACACAAACCUUGUGGAUCACUGCCAGCUCGUCCUGUCCCGUAGUCUUUGAUCCCCGCAGUGGCAUCAAUGUCUCCGACUUUGUCUCCACAGACAACGAGCUCUUUCACCAGCACAAUGGAGCAUUUUUCUUCAGACAGCUUCUCUUCGUUCCGGAGAUUAACGAAGUCAUUGGGCUCUCGAACCGCCGAUCGGUAACGACAUGGAAAUACAAUCCCGUGGCAUCCGUGACGGUUCUCUCGGGACACACCGAUGUUGUGGAGUGCCUUGCGCUCACGACCAAGGAGCCCCUUCUGAUUUUCAGUGGCGGCGGCGACGGUGUCAUCCGAAAAUGGGAGCGACUGCAGCUGAACUCAUUCAUGUACAGCCAAGAGACCUUGGCGCUUCCAAAGGAAGAGAAGCCAGACGAAGAGGUGUUUCACAACCACAUAUCCAAGGAUCCGGAAGAACGACGAAAGAAGCAAGCCGCUCUACACAAACGGGUGACAAAGAGCCUGAGCUCAUGGAAGCGAGUCAUGCAGGAGGAUUUGGAAGGGCACAAAUCGCAAGUGGAGCUGAUGGCCCGGAGCACCGUCAAGGAGUGGAGACGCAAGCACAUCAUGAUGAACGAGCGACAGUCCACCUCCAGCGACGAGGCUGAGAAGAAGAGCAUCGCACAGAAAAAGAAGGCGGAGAUCGCCAAAGAUUUGACCAAGCCGGCCAAAUCCGGGGUGCUGUCGCUCUUCUACUACGAAGACCUGGACUAUCUCAUCUCUGGAUACGAAGACAGCCGCAUCCAUAUCUGGGGAUACAACAUCGAAUCAAUGAAGUUCACCGCUGAAAUGCAGGCUGCCGCCGAUUUCGGCAACGGCGAGGGCCUCGAGUCGGGAAUCACGGGCGAGAGCGUCACCAAUCGAGUGGCUGGAAUGUCGCUGAAGCACACGCUGCAGAAUCACAAAGACGGAGUUUCAUGUCUGACAUGCUUCAAUCUGGAAGGCCGACACUGGAUGGUUAGCAGCGGCUGGGACCGCCGGAUCUGCAUCUGGGAUCUCAGGACUGUCAGGCUGCACGACGUGUUUCGCCACGGGUCCUCGAGCGGUCUGGCCAGUGGCAAGGAUGAAUAUGCGGCCGAUGGAAUCAUUCUCGAUAUUGAAUACGCUCCAGAGCUCAACGAAAUCGGAUACGCCAGUGCAGACAAGAUGGCCUACAUUCGGAAGUUCUCGCCAAAGGGGGAUGAGAUGAAGCUCCAGUGUGUGCUGCAGGGCCACGAGGCCGAAGUGACUCGGAUUCGAUGGAACGAAAAGUUUGAACAGUGGGUCACUGGGUCCGAAGACCGCACCGUUCGAAUAUGGCCCAAGGAAGGCAUUCCAUGCUUGAGGGUGGUCAACAACGACGGCCCGUUGACGGCGCUUUCGAUCGAUCUCUUCAACGGCUGCAUCAUCACGGGAUCACAAGAUCGAGCGAUACGGGUGUUUGAUCCGUCGCUGAAAGAAUGCAGUAUGGUCCAAAAGAACGUUGGACACACAGACGAAAUCAAAGCAAUCUUGCACAUCCCCGGACGCAACCAGUAUGUCUCGGCCGCAUGGGAUAACACCUUGAGAAUCUGGAACGCCUAUCUGAAGAAAGGACAACGCCGUGUGUCGACAAAGUCAUCGGGCGACUACCAUGCUAUGGGCUUCUUUGACGAGAUUGACGAGGCUCAAUCGGCGGAAGCGACUGCUGCAGCUGCGGCUUCAAAACCAGCAAACUCCAAGGACCAAGUCGAGCUGCCAAAGAAACUGGACGUUGCAACCGAAAAAUCGUUCGAGCAAACACAGCUUGAGGAUGAGCUUCGCCAAACCCUGAACGAUCUGGAGACAGCCAUAAUGAAUCCAUCGGGCCCCAAGAAACCAUAGCCGUGAUGCACAUCUUUGGUGCAUCGAUGGUGCAUGUUUGGCACCGACACACCAAUCUGGCGGUGUUCCCACAGCGAUCGAGCCGAUUACAGCGUUUCCAAAAUGAAAUGAGACACCUCCGUUUUUAACCAGGACAGUGUUUUUUCUGGAACCUGAAUACACACACCCACUCAUCGCA